CACACAACGAAGACUUUCGCUUUGGUCGGAAUACAAUACCGUUUGCUUAUUACAGCAAACAAACAAAUGUGUAUUUUUUUACUAUUAUUUAUUUUAUUCUUGGAUUAGGGUUCACUCCACCUAUGGAAAGAGUCGUGUCGUGUUCCCUUUGAAGUGUCAACAUAAAAGCUUCUCCUUCUUAUUCUCUGUUUCAUUCCUCUGCUUCAUCAUCAAACUUCAAUCUUACACGUUUAUUAAUUGUUUUCUAUAUCGGGAAAGUAGUUUGAAAAUGGGAAAACCGGCGACGAAGAAGAAAACUCCGGUGACGGCAAAGGAUGCUUCCGGCGGCGGAAAAACCAACCAUCGUUCGACUUCGAGAGCCUUCGACGAAGACAUGGAGAUAUUCAUCAGCAGAGCACUCGAGCUCAAAGAAGAAGGGAACAAGCUCUUCCAAAAACGCGACAACGAAGGAGCGAUGUUAAGCUUCGACAAGGCCGUUAAGCUGUUGCCUAAGGAACACAUCGAUGUAGCGUAUCUUAGAACGAGCAUGGCUUCUUGCUACAUGCGAAUGGGUUUAGGUGAGUAUCCAAACGCUAUAAACGAAUGUAAUUUGGCUCUCGAGGCUUCUCCUAGGUACAGUAAGGCUCUAGUGCGACGGUCUAGGUGUUACGAGGCUUUGAACAAGCUAGAUUACGCGUUUAGGGAUGCUAGGAUUGUGCUGAACAUGGAGCCGGAGAACGCGUCUGCGAAUGAAGUGUUUGAGAGGGUGAAGAAGGCGUUGGUGGAGAAAGGUGUUGAUGUUGAUGAGAUGGAGAAGAGCUUUGUUAAUGUGCAGCCUCUUGGCCCAGCGAGUUUAAAGAAGGUUGUUAAGGAGAGCAAGAAGAAGAAGAAGAGUGGUGUUGAGAGUCCAAAGAUUGUCAAGAGAGACGAAGGAGAGAGCAAGGAGAAGAGCGAUAAAAAGUCUGAGAUUGAUGCAAAGAUUGGUGGUAAUAAAGAAGAAAAGAAACCUAAACUCAAGAAACAGAAGAAGAGAAAUGGUAACAAGGCAGGAGGAGAAGAGAGGAAGAUGGAAGAUGAUAAGGUUGUUGUCAUGGACAAAGAGGUCAUUGCCUCUGAGUUUUUCGAACAGUCAACAGUUACUAGAACGGUUAAGUUGGUACAUGGAGAUGAUAUCAGGUGGGCACAGUUACCGCUAGAUUCCAGCGUUAGACUCGUAAGAGAUGUGAUCAAAGAUCGUUUCCCUUCUCUCAGAGGUUUCUUGAUCAAGUACAAGGAUCCAGAAGGUGAUUUAGUCACCAUCACUGCAACGAAUGAACUGAAUCUAGCUGCUUCUAACAAUGACAAACUCGGUUCCUUAAGAAUAUAUAUAGCUGAAGUUCACCCUGAUCAAGAACCAACCUAUGAUGGCAUGAAGGUUGAAUCUGACAAAGCAUCCACCUCCUUUGAGAACUGGAUCUUCCAGUUUGCGCAGAUGUUCAAGAACCAUGUAGGGUUUGAUUCCGAUUCUUACUUGGACCUCCACGACCUAGGGAUGAAGCUCUACACAGAAGCGAUGGAGGAAGCAGUAACUGGCGAAGACGCUCAAAAGCUUUUCGAAAUAGCAGCUGAUAAGUUCCGAGAAAUGGGUGCGCUAGCUAUGUUCAACUGGGGUAACGUCCAUAUGUCAAAGGCGAGGAAGCAAGUCUACUUUCCAGAAGACGCUUCAACAGAAGCUGUAAUAGAAGCUGCGUUUGUGUGGACACUGAACGAGUACAACAAAGCUGCGGAGAAGUAUGAGGAAGCUCUCAAGAUUAAACCUGACUUCUACGAAGCUCUCAUUGCGCUUGGUCAAGAACAGUUCGAACACGCAAAGCUUUUGUGGUAUCAUGCUCUCAAAAGGAAGGUGGAUAUAGAGAGUGAGGUGUCUAAGGAGGUUCUUAUGCUGUACAACAAAGCUGAGGAUAGCAUGGAGAAGGGUAUGCAGAUAUGGGAAGAGAUGGAAGAGGGUCGUCUAAACGGAAUCUCAAAGUAUGAUAAAGAGAAGUCACUGCUGCAUAAGAUGGAGUUGUUUAGUGAAGAACAGACGGCUAAUAUGAGUUCUCAGAUUAAUCUCUUGUGGGGCUCCUUGCUGUAUGAACGCUCUAUAGUGGAGUAUAAGCUUGGGUUGCUAACUUGGGAGGAAUGUUUGGAGGUUGCGGUUGAGAAGUUUGAACUAGCUGGAGCUUCUUCAACUGAUGUAGCUGUGAUGGUGAAGAGUCAUUGUUCAAGCGAGAGUGCACUUGAAGGUAUGGGGUUCAAGAUUGAUGAGAUAGUACAGGCGUGGAAUGAGAUGUAUGAUGCCAAGCGAUGGCAGACCGGUGUCCCUUCUUUCCGGUUAGAACCGAUGUUCCGGAGACGAGCUCCAAAACUGCAUGAUAUCUUGGAGAAUGUGUUUUCUGGAUCUGGUUGAUGAAACAUUCUUCUCAGUAUGUAUCAGUAGGUCACUUUGUUUGUUUGGGAGUGGUGUUCAUUUUUAUCUCCUCCCUUUUGGUUUGGUUUAGUCUCAUAUUUCAAAAGAACACUAUAAUUUUUUCUAUGGAUAUUGAUCUCCACGGGAUAUAUACUCUUGGCCUCUGCGAUAAUCAUGUGGUAGGCUGAGACUGAUUAGGAUUCAGUCUAGAGAAGAAGGUUUUUAGAUGGUGAUACUUCUCUUCUCUUCUGAUUUGAUACAACAUAUUGGUUAAUAUGUUCUUUGUUUGUUUUGUUUGUUUUUUGUAACAUAGCUCUGUAAUCAUUUUUUUAUUAGUUGUUGAUUUUGGAUUAGUGUGUUAAAUGUGUUUGUUGUUGU